AUCGGAAGAGGUUUUCGAGACUUUUCAUGCGAGUGCGCGGCGAUUGUGCUGCUCAGUCCACGUCCGCCACUGCUCGCCAAAUGACGCAAAUGCCGCUCCAACUGCUGUCCCCCAAGUGCAUCCUGCUCCUGGCGCUGCUGCUCCUGCUGGACUCCAGUCGGGCCAGACCGCAGCAGUUCCUCCUCGCAGAGGAUCUGCUAACUGGAGCGGGAGCGGGUACGGAUACGGGAACUGCCACUGCAAGCGGCACCGGAUUUGGAGAUGAUCGAGUGCCCAUCAACGAUCCAUCGGAUCUGAGUGCUGGUUUGAAUUUGGCGCCCGUCGGCAGUCUGAUUGCGGCAGCAGCGAAUGCCGUGCCCCCCGCCCCCGUUCAGUUUAUUCGCACGGCCAUGAACAGCGGGCUCUGACCGCCAGGUGGCGCUAACCUGAAUUAUAAUUGUCUCUAAUUUUUAAGCGCCUUUUCGGGCACCACUUUUAAUUACUUUGUUAAGCUGCAUUUUUUGUUUUCUUUUUUUUUUUCUUUUUUUUUUAAAUGCUUUUUAUUAAGCUGAAUUGCUUUAGUUUUGUGUGUGUUUGUGUGGAGCCAAGUGCUAUAAGUGACUUUAUAUACUCGUUUAAUCUGGUUACGACUUUUGCGGAGCGAUAAAAUGUGUGCAGUUUGGUGCUCAGUUUUAAACGAUAUUGUUCUUAUCUAAAUGUGUUAUCAUGGCAAUCUCUGUCACGUUACUGCUUUUUUUAUCUAACUCGGCUGCAGCUCUUAAAUGGCAAAACCAUUCGAAGAUAGUAAAAUUGAAAUGCUAAAGAUUUUCAUAACAAUUUUAAAACUUAAUCACAUCUUGGUUUGAUUUCAGAAAUAUACAUUUUUCACACAUAAAUUAGUAUUAAUACUAUAUUAAAAUAUUUUAUAACUGUUUGCUUGUACAUAUAUUAUGAAAAAAUGCCAAUUGCAUCCAGAAUGCGAUUGCAAUCAGAAAAUAUACUACGUAAUUGGAAGAAAGUAGUGCAUAUAAGCGAUGAACUCAUUUCGAUUGCGAUUCUGGUUCUCAUCAUGAUGAUGCCGACUCACACACAGAGAAAUAUCUGUGCACUACUAACAAUUACUUAUAACGUUUAAGAAUCCACUCUUUAUAAAUUAAAAAUAAAAAAAUAUUUCCACUCGCUCAAAAGACAAACAAAGAAGCU